AUGACUGAUGUCACAAUUGUGGAAAAGAUAUUGCGCUCCCUGACGCCGAAGUAUGACUAUGUCAUUUGCUCCAUUGAGGAGUCAAAAGAUAAAGACGAGUUAUUGCUUGAGGAAUUGCAAAGUUCCUUAUUGGUACAUGAGCAAAAAAUGAACCGCAGUUCAUCUUCCGAAGAGCAGGCUUUGAAGGCUUCUACUAAUACUCAUUUCUCAAAUUUUAGAGGAAUGGGUAAGGGUAGAGGAAGAGAAAGAGGAAGAGGAAGAGGAGAUCGAGGAUUUAGAGAUGAGGGCAGCAAAGACGGUAGUAGGAAUUUCAGAGCCAAUGAUGACCAUGGUAAAGGCAGAGGAAGGAAUUUGACAAAUCAAAAGCUGCCUAAUGACAAGGAUGAGAAGUCAAAUUUUGCUGAAAGUAACGAAGUUGAGACAUUUUUUGGCGAUUUUUCCACUGUGACUUCAAUUGGAAAGGGUGAUAUUAAGAUUAGAACCAAGAAUGGUUUUGAAGAAACGAUCUCAAAUGUGCUAUAUGUUCCUACUUUGAAAAGUAAUUUGCUAAGUGUUGGUCAAUUGCAAGAAAAAGGAUAUGCUAUAACUAUUGAGAAAGGUGCAUAUGAGAUUUAUAAUCUUACUAGAGGAGCUAUUGCUGUUGUGAAAAUAAGUUCAAAUAGGUUGUUCCCACUGAAGAUAGAGAAUAUUCACCGUUGUUUGAAAGCAGAAGUUAGAGAUCCGUUAUGGUUGUGGCAUUUUAGAUAUGGUCAUUUGGUUUUGGCGGAUUAA